AUGCUGCCCAGAAUAAAUACAAAAUCCAACCAACAUGUUGUAUCUCGACCAUCUGAAGAAAGACCACGUUUAUACAGCAUUCUUUUAGGGAAUCAACAGGUCGCUUUCCAAAUGGCGUUACGGGUGCAACAUUGUAAGAAAGCCAUGGAAUUUUUUAUAAACUUCAGUAGCGGCAGUCGAGCCUUGCUGCAUUAUCAAGAGCUCCCUGGACGAGUGCUUGAUUUUGAUCACACUGAAACUCCUGCAGAUCAACAAGGAAAAGGCAUUGCUAAGAUCCUUGUUACAGGUACUACUCCAAUGAAGUCUUUUCAGGAAGGUCUCAAAUAUGCAGCUGAGAAUAACUACAAAAUAAAACCAACAUGUCCGUAUGUGGCAAAGUAUGUGAAUGAAAAGGGAACACCCGAUGAGAAGAAGCUUGUAGUUCACUAG